AGACGCAUGCGAACAGUGACCAAUUACUUCCUGGUGAACCUGAGCGUCUCGGACCUGAUGAUGUCGCUGCUCAACUGUGUCUUCAACUUCAUCUUCAUGUUGAACUCGCACUGGCCAUUUGGAUCGGUCUACUGCACCAUCAACAAUUUUGUCGCCAACGUCACAGUCGCCGCCUCUGUAUUCACACUGGUCGCCAUCACGCUCGAUAG